GCCCCUGUAUCCACCCCAGCGCUUAGAACAGUGCUGUGCACGUAGUGAGCGCUUAAAUACCAACAGUGAAAUGGACGCUGGGCAGCAGAACGAAGGAUGGACCGGAAGCAGGGAGGUCAGCGAGGAAGCCGAUGCCGCCGUCGAGCCGGAUCGGAUAAGGCGGCUGGAAUGGAGGAGAACGGUUGGGAGGAGCCCCGAUCAGUUAGUCUGACCAGAAGAAUUCGAUGUUUUAAACGUUCAGAUAGCCGCCUGAAUCGUUCAUGGAGCUGCCUUGAACCAGAACCUCCAAAAUGGCCCCAGACUGGACCACCUACAGGUCUGCCAGCCUUCACGAGUUUUUCAUCAGCAUGUCUGAAACCGUUAAGUAUAAUGACGACGAUCACAAGACGCUGUUCCUGAAGACGCUGAACGAACAGCGCCUGGAGGGAGAGUUCUGCGACAUCGCCAUCGUGGUGGAAGACGUGAAGUUCCGGGCUCACCGGUGCGUGCUGGCCGCCUGCAGCACCUACUUCAAGAAGCUGUUCAAGAAGCUGGAGGUGGACAGCUCCUCGGUCAUCGAGAUCGACUUCCUGCGCUCCGACAUCUUCGAGGAGGUGCUGAACUACAUGUACACGGCCAAGAUCUCGGUGAAGAAGGAGGACGUCAACCUGAUGAUGUCGUCGGGCCAGAUCCUGGGCAUCCGCUUCCUGGACAAGCUCUGCUCGCAGAAGCGGGACGUGUCCAGCCCCGAGGAGAACGGCGCCCAGCCCAAGGGCAAGUACUGCCUGAAGAUCAACCGGCCCGUCGGGGAGCCCGCCGACCACCCCGACGACGAGGUGGAGGAGAUCGGCGACCAGGACGACAGCCCCUCGGACGACACGGCCGAGGGCACCCCGCCCAGCCAGGAGGACGGCAAGUCGCCCACGGCCACCCUCCGGGUCCAGGAGGCCAUCCUGAAGGAGCUGGGCAGCGAGGAGGUGCGCAAGGUCAACUGCUACGGCCAGGAGGUGGAGGCCAUGGAGGCGGCCGACUCGAAGGACCUGGGCUCCCAGACGCCCCAGGCCCUGGCCUUCAACGACGGCAUGGGCGAGGUGAAGGACGAGCAGACGCCCGGCUGGCCGGCGGCGCCCGGCGACAUGAAGUUCGAGUACCUCCUCUACGGCCACCGGGAGCAGAUGGCCUGCCAGGCCUGCGGCAAGACCUUCUCGGACGAGGCCCGCCUGCGCAAGCACGAGAAGCUGCACACGGCCGACCGGCCCUUCGUCUGCGAGAUGUGCACCAAGGGCUUCACCACCCAGGCCCACCUCAAGGAGCACCUGAAGAUCCACACGGGCUACAAGCCGUACAGCUGCGAGGUGUGCGGCAAGUCCUUCAUCCGCGCCCCGGACCUGAAGAAGCACGAGCGGGUCCACAGCAACGAGCGCCCCUUCGCCUGCCACAUGUGCGACAAGGCCUUCAAGCACAAGUCCCACCUCAAGGACCACGAGAGGAGGCACCGCGGCGAGAAGCCCUUCGUCUGCACCUCCUGCACCAAGGCCUUCGCCAAGGCCUCGGACCUCAAGCGGCACGAGAACAACAUGCACGGCGAGAGGAAGCAGGGCCCCGCCGGAGCCAUCCAGAGCGAGACGGAACAGUUGCAGGCGGCGGCCAUGGCCGCCGAGGCGGAGCAGCAGCUGGAGACCAUCGCCUGCAGCUAGGGCCGGGCCGGGCGGCGCCGGAGGGGGCCCCGGACCCGUCGCCCCGCUUUGGAGAGAGGGCCGGGGGGCCGGGCCGCUCUUCCCUUCGGGCGGAGGGGGGCUCCCCCGGAGGUCGGAGCGCCGGCUCGGCCGCCCGUCUUUUUAAACGGUUUUAAUUCCGGACCUCUUGCGGCGAGCGGCCGGGCGGAGGGACCUCCCUUUUAAUGGACUCCUCCGGCCCUCUGAGCCCGGUCUGUACCCGUACAGAUAACCGGCGGGGGGCCGGCGGGCCCCCCCGGCCCUCCCCGGGCCGACCCGACCCGGCGACCGCUUCUGACGCUCGGGAGAUCGGAGUCGGGGCGCGGACGCCCCC